AUGAUAAAUGAAACUGCUGUGACUGAUUUUUUUCUCUGGGGAUUUUCCAGAAUUCAGGAACUAAGGAUUUUACUCAUUGUGAUGUUUUUCUCGAUUUACUUGGCAGCCCUGACUGGGAAUGUUCUCCUGAUCUUAAUCGUAGCUCAAAAUCCCCAUCUUCAUAACCCCAUGUAUUUCUUCCUGGUUAACUUAUCUUUCAUAGAUGCCUGCUACAUUUCAACCACUGUCCCUAAAUCCAUGGUGAAUUCCUUAUCAAACAGCCACUUGAUUUCUUUCUCUGGAUGCAUCUUCCAGGUUUUCUUGGUUGUUGUGCUAGCAGGUGCAGAGCUGUCCUUCCUCACAGUCAUGGCUUAUGACCGCUAUGUUGCAAUCUGCCAGCCACUACAGUACAGGACAAUCAUGAACUGGAAAGUCUGCUUUUUGAUAACAGUUGCUGCCUGGGUCAGCAAUAUAACGAAUGCAGUUAUACAGUCCACCAUCACUCUGAAUUUAGAUUUCUGCCAGUCCAAUAUAAUUGAGCAAUUCUUCUGUGAUGUCCCUCAGUUAUUAAGCAUAUCUUGUACAGACACAAGGGUAUAUGAAAGUCUAAAUUUUGUCACUGGACUUGGUGUGGGAUCAUUCUGCUUUUUAUUCAUGCUAAUUUCAUAUGGAUACAUCCUCUCUGCUGUUUUCAAGAUACACUCCAUUCAGGGAAGACACAAGGCUUUCUCAACCUGCACCCCACACCUAACUUUGUUCUGUGUGUUCACUUUCACUACUAUGUUUUCUUACAUGAGACCGAAGGCCUUAUCCUCUCUGCCAGUGGACUUGCUGGCCGCCAUUCUGUAUACAGUUUUACCACCGCUGAUGAAUCCUAUUAUUUAUGGCCUGAGAAACAGAGAGAUCAAAAAGGGUCUGUGGAAUAUGUCAAUAAGAAGGUUUGGAUCUCAUGCGGUAACUUCACAGGCCUUUAUUUAG